CCGGGCUGCAGGGUCGCGAUGGGGCCCGGUGCGCUCCUGUCUCCUGCCCCGUGGAGCCGGGCGGCUCUCCCUGCCGUGCCCAGCUCGCUGCCUGCGCUACCCGCCCCGCUUUAGGCUUUGAGGAGCCUGGGGGGAACAAAGCAGGGAGCUUCCUCCGGCCCUUUGUCCUCCCUCCGUCUCUCCCCAGCCCAUAUCCGGAGGGAUACGGGGAUAGAGACAAACGGUUGUGCGGUCCCAAGCUGCAACAGGGGUGGCUUUGCUCUGAUUACCAGUAGUGCAGCUGGUACGGGGAAAGGAGCGGAACAGCACUUGGGGCUCGCUGUACCGUAGGGGAUGAGCAUAGAGCCGGGAUCCGGGUGGAUAACAGGCAGUGGAAGGGCGUGGACACAAGGUUCUGGAUGUAGGAAAUAUGAAUGAGUGGCAGAAGAAAAGCCCUCUAGAGUGGGAAACGUAUUUGAACAAACUGGUGAAAGUCGCUGUAAUUGAGAAACAUGAAUGUGAAGGAUGGGUCUUAACAGUGGAUCCAGUUUCUGCCAGUAUUGUCCUCGCAACAUUCCCGGAGAAUGAAAGUGUGUCCAUAUCAGUUGUCUUGGGCCAUGCUGUCGAGGAGGUAGAAAUACUGAAAGAGGGGGACGAUGAAAUGGAGCAACGGCUUUCCUGCAUAUUUGCACCUGAAGAAAGCAAAGCCUACAGCCCAGAAGAACUCGAAAAGAGGAAGAACAACUUGAAGACUUGGCUAGAAACAAACCACAUCCCCAUAACAGAGCAAGGUGAAUCAGGAAAGACGCUAUGCGUGGCAGGGGUAUUGACUAUUGACCCACCAUAUGGCCCAGAAGAGUGCAGCAGCUCCAAUGAGAUUAUUCUGUCUCGCGUUCAAGGCUUGAUACAGGGCUAUCUUGAGAAAAACCAGUGAUGUCUGCUGUUUAAAGCAGUUGCCUUUAGGAAUGGGUCUGCCUGGCCUAUUUUAGGAACUGUCCUGGGUAUAAAUAUUUGCUGUUUGCAAAAAUGCUGGGUUUAGGUACUUUUGUCUGAGUUUUGUAUGUUAAGGAUAAAACAAGCAGUAUAAAUUAAAACCACAAAGCAUUUUCUCUGCACUGUUUUUUUACUAAAAGUAAGCUGUUAGGUAAUGAUAAUGUAUUAAACUGAUGAUGUAAGUUUACUAUCUCAGUAAUAUCAGUUGAGUAGCUAUUUUUGUAACUGUAUUGUGGAAGAUGAUAUAUGAUAAAUUUAAACUGUGUUUUACUCUGCCUUUAAAAUCAAUUUAAUUAUCUAGUGUUGUAGGCAUGUUUAUCUGAAUUUGGACUUCACAAACCAGAUGAAAAAAUUGUUCUGUUUUUGUUAUUCGGUUAUUUGGGUUUUUUUUUCCCCACAACUGUUCUCCCAUUUUAAAACAUGAAUUAUAAGGUAGGUCCAAGUUUUUAAAAUUAUUAGGGAAAGAUAGCAGGCAAAUAGCAGGUUUUAAAAACAUUUCCUACCUAUCUUUAUUUUAGAGCAGCAGUGAUUGGAAGACCUUUGUUUCCUAGAAAGAGAAUUCCCUGCAAUUCAAUGUUUGUGUUUCCUAAUGCUUUGGUUUUAUCUUAUGGCAACACACAGUGCGAAAAUCAUUCUGUGAUUAUUCCUGACAUUAUUAAUAUAGAGCCCUCAUUUAUCUCAUAUAUUGAUCUGUCUUAUUUUGAGAUCACACCAAAACAUGUUAGUUUGAUCAAAUCCUCUUUGAAAGUCUGCCUAGUCCUUGUGAAUAAAAUGCCAUGCUCGUU